AUGGUUUACAUCACAUCAUGGGACGAUUUUGUAGAAAAAUCCGUACAAUUAUUUCGCGCCGAUCCCGAGAAAACUCGUUAUGGGAUGAAAUACAGGCACUGCGAUGGUAAAUUGGUUCUCAAAGUUACUGACGAUAAAGAGUGUAUCAAGUUUAAGACUGACCAAGCUCAGGAUGCUAAAAAGAUGGAAAAACUGAAUAACAUAUUCUUCACUCUGAUGGCUCGCGGACCUGAAGUGGAUAUAUCAGAAAUUCUCAAUUUCCCACACUUGGUCAUAGUUUUACGAUUUGGCAUUAGCAUUAUGGCCACUGAAGAACCAGUUCUCCCCAUGGAGGUUGUGGCUGAACCUGUCGCUGACGAACCUACCGGCGAAGAAAACCAUCCGGCUGAAACAACCAAGUCUAGGAAAACCACCACCAAAAAGGAACCCAAGCCAAAAAAUGCUGCUGCUGUCCUGCGAAAACGCAACCCUCCGUAUCUUGAGAUGAUUGAAGAUGCGAUCGUGACGUUGAAAGAUAGGACUGGAUCUAGCCAGUACGCAAUUACAAAGUUCAUUGAGGAGAAGCAGAAGAAUCUGGCAGCGAAUUUCAAGAGGCUUUUGCUGGUUCAAUUGAAGAAGCUCGUGGCUUCUGGAAGGCUGGUCAAACAUAAGGCUUCCUACAAGCUUCCCCCAGCUCGUUCAUCGGCUCCGAAGCCAGCAUCUACUGCACCGGUUAAGAAAAAGACUGUUCCAGUUGCCAAGCCGAAAGCCGCUGCUGUGAAAACCACCACUGGCAAGAAGGCUAUCCCUUCAAAAGCCAAGCCAAAGCCGAAGGCGGUUGCUGCCAAGCCCAAGCCAAGUGCUAAGGCUAAGCCAGCUGCAAAACCUAAAGCUGUUGCGGCGCCUAAGGCAAAGGCAGCUGCCAAGAGAAAGGCAGUAGCAAAGCCAAAGACGGAAAAGAAGCCACCAGCUAAGGUAGCCAGGACCUCGACUAGAAGUACUCCUGGAAAGAAGGCAGCGGCUCCAGCAGCAGCUAAGAGGGCCUCGGCUAGGAGCGUGAAGCCGAAGGGCGUCAAGUCUCCCGCAAAGAAAGUAGCUAAGAAGGGAAAGAAGUGA